AUGGCAAGUCGCUGGUUUAACCUCAUAUUGGGGGUAAUUUUACUCCAGUCUGUACUGGCGUUUGGCCCCAUCGAUGUGACGGAUGCCGAAUGGAUCGAAUACAUGAACCUGUUGAGCGACCCCAAUUACCGGUUACCAACAACCACGAAACCAAUUAAUUACAAAGUCAAACUGGAUACAAAUUUGCAAAAUUUUGAGUAUUUGGGUGAUGUCGAAAUAAAAAUUAAAGUUGGAGCAGUUGCAGUCAACGAAAUCCAACUUCAUUGCAGAGGAUUGACUAUUACACCAAGCAGUGUGUCCGUUACCUUAGAUACAACUACCCAACCCGUUACAAACCUUGUUCAGCCGUCACAGUCGUUCACAUGCGAAGCAAACACUGACUUUUUAAAGAUUUCAACAUCCAAUCUAAAUCCUAACACUGAUUACAUCGUCAAGAUGUCAUUUACUGGAACACUACAAACAGAUAUGAGAGGUUUCUACAGAAGUUGGUACAUCGAUAACACUGGGGACAGGAGAUGGAUGGCUACGACACAGUUUCAGCCUGGUCAUGCUCGUCGAGCGUUCCCUUGCUACGAUGAACCUAGUUUCAAAGCUACAUUCGAUAUAACACUGGUUAGAAACGCUGAAAAUACCCAGCCUUCGUUAUCAAACAUGCCCAUAAAUAGUGAUCUUACUUCUAAUAAUGACGGGAAAAUAACAGAAACGUUCUAUACUACGCCUAUCAUGUCCACAUACUUGCUGGCAUUCAUAGUAUCCAAUUACAUACCAGUGGAAACUGGAACAAAUAGUGAAAGACCAUUCCGUAUCUUUGCUCGAAAUAACAUUGGAGAUACAGGCAAAUAUUCUCUGGAAAUUGGUGAAAAGCUUCUGACUUUAAUGGAAACGUACACUGCCUACCCUUAUUACACAAUGGCUGAUAAUAUGGAAAUGAAGCAAGCUGCUAUCCCUGACUUUAGCGCUGGUGCUAUGGAAAACUGGGGCCUAUUAACCUACAGAGAAGCUCUUAUUCUGUACGAUCCUGCAAACAGCAACAAUUGGUACAAACAACGCAUAGCAAACAUUAUUUCUCAUGAAAUUGCACACAUGUGGUUCGGUAACCUCGUCACAUGCGAUUGGUGGGACACACUUUGGUUAAACGAAGGUUUCGCUAGGUUCUACCAGUACUACUUGACGCACAAGGCUGAACCAGAGAUGGGUUAUGACACACGUUUUAUAGUAGAACAGUUGCAAGUCGCCAUGCUGUCCGACUCCUCCGCAUCAGCUCACGCCCUUACUAACCCCGACGUGUCAGAUCCAGAUUCAGUGAGAGAUCACUUUUCAACCAUUACUUAUGCUAAAGGUGCCUCCAUACUUAGAAUGACACAACAUCUACUUGGUGAAGAUAUUUAUCAGAAGGGUCUUCAGGCUUAUUUAAAGGAUAGAGCUCUUAAAACCGCCAUUCCAGAGGAUUUAUUUAGAAAUUUAGAAGCUGAGGCUGGCAAUGCUCUGGAUGCUUACGAUGGCAUGACAAUUGCUCGGUACUUUAAAUCGUGGUCCGAUAAAGCAGGGCAUCCUCUAUUAACAGUUAAUGUAGAUCAUGCUAGCGGCCGUAUGACUGUUGUACAAACUCAAUUUGAUGUUAACAAUGGUGUGUCUUCGAGUAAUGGUUUAUGGGACAUUCCUUUAACUUGGACUAGGGCUAAAAGUCCCGAUUUUAAUAACCUUAAGCCUUCUGAGUUCAUGAGCGGCCCACUAAAAAUUAUCGACCGAGGAAGUACCGGAAGAGAAUGGGUUAUUUUCAACAAACAACAAUCUGGUUUCUACAGAGUAAACUACGACCCGUCUACGUGGGCGCUCAUUACUCUAGCUUUAAGAAGUGACAACAGGGAAGUCAUACACGAAUACAACCGCGCUCAGAUCGUGGAUGACGUGUUCGUGUUAGCCAGAUCUAGCAUCUUGUCUUACACGAGAGCGUUGAACAUUCUUUCUUUCCUCGAAUUUGAAGACAAGUACGCUCCUUGGGUAGCUGCUAUUGCUGGAUUUAACUUUGCGCUUCGGAGAUUGGCUCACGACGAUAUUGAGCGUGAAAACUUAAAGAACAUCAUCUUUAAAUCGAGCACGGCGAUUGUCCAGCGUCUCGGUUUCAACGAGGGAGCCAAUAGUCAUUUCAUGGAUGACUUGCUUCGUAUGCAUGUGAUGACCUUCCUUUGCAAUGCUGGACACGAGCAAUGUUCCGAAGCAGCCACACAAAGCUUCCAAGCAUGGAGAGUUAAUGGGACAAGAAUUCCGCCAAAUAUGCGCCCUUGGGUAUAUUGCGGUGGUCUGCGUAAUGGAAACGAGGCAGAUUUCGACUAUUUCUGGCAACGUUACUUGGCUGAAGACCUAUCUAACGAGAAAGUUGUGAUGAUCAAUGCAGCCGGUUGCACAGGAAAUGAAAAUGCCUUACACAAGCUCCUUAACACAAUCGUUGACACAUCAGUAACACAAGAUAUCAGACCACAGGACUACAGCGCUGCUAUUAGCUCAGCUGUCAGUAGCAAUGAAUACAAUACCAUGAGAGUAUUUAAUUGGCUUAAGAAUAAUCCUCAACAUCUGGAUAAUGAAAAUGGCAGAUCUCUUUUACAAUCAGCAACGAACCGAUUAUUGAAUGAGGCACAAAUCGUUGAGGUCGAGACCUGGUUUACCUCGGCUACUCCUCCCCCAGCUGCUGCAAUUACUGUGGCUAGAAACGGCAUUGCUACAUCAAGAGCUAACAUGCAAUGGUAUAGAAGAAGGUUACCGGAGUUCGCAGAAUACUUCAGAACAGGAUAUUUUGAAGAAGGGUUCGAAUUACCCGUUCCUGAACCUUCCAGUCCGCCUACUACUAUCCCUGAACCUACUUCUACCGAAGAACCUAUCUCUGACCCUACCACGGACCCUCCGACUACCCCUGAACCCGACUCUGCAAAUAUUGUCUCUCUCAGCUUCUUCACUUUGAUAGUCACACUUAUCAUCAACAUGGUUUAA